UAUCUUGUAAAAAAGCUAAGAUUGCGUAUAUUUUUGUAUAUGAAAGUGUUACGUACUUGCAAAAAUUAUAUACAUAUGUCAUACGGCGAUUAAAUGACCGAUAAACAAACAUUGGCUAAUAUUUGCUCUAUGCUGCGCAAUGGGUAUGUGCGCAUACACUACGAAGUACAUAUACUCUAUAUACAAGUUCUACGUCCUACGUUUAUAUUCGAUUUCUACUAACUUAGAAUUCUUCCCUUUAUACGAAUAGGUAAAAAAAAGCGCGACGCAGCACGAAUUACGUUUAAAUUAUCAAAAUACGUUUAAAAAUGACGGAACAAAGUGAUAGAAGUCAAUUGCCACCUGGUUGGGAGUGUAGAUACGAUUCUCGUAGUGGACGUCCAUAUUUUAUAGACCAUUUUAACCGAACAACAACAUGGGAAGAUCCAAGGAUACGAUAUUGGCAAUACUCUCAGUAUGUACAGACACAAAAUUCCAUAGCAUUGAGCUCUGCCACAACCAUUACUUCUCAAGAUAUACCUAUGCAGACUGGAGGAAUUGGUGGUGGUGGGCAUUUAGUUUAUACAGGAGCUCAUAAAGCUCCUCAAAUUUAUCCAACACCAUCGCCUUUUCAUAAUCCUCAACUUGCAUUUUUGCCACCCAGUUUACAGGAUUUAAAAACUCCAAUGUCUAUGAAAUCAAUGAGUGCCAUGAUAAAUCGAUUUGGUGAAAUUACUUUGGGAUCACCAACACCAGUGAGAAAUAUGGAAACUACUUUAACACAAGAUUCUGAUUCUGAAUUGCAAGUUGCAAAAAUCAAUGCAAUGUUUCCUACAGUCUCUGAUACUCACAUACGACUGCUGUUAAAAAAAUACCAUAACAGAGCAGCUUUGGUUGUAAGCGCUCUCCAAGUGGAAAAGAAUCCUCUUUGCGCUCCAGGACCGUGUACACCUAUGGGAGUACACUCAAAAUAUGCAAUACCAAGAUGGAGGCUACCAGCUCAUGCUAUACAUGCAGCUUUAACAUUGAGUCCACCUCGUGGGGUUCGGCCAGCCCCUAACUCCCCAAAAAUGAAACUUAGGUACCUGAAAAAUGUAUUUCCUAAAGUUGAUGAAACAAUGUUACUUGACAUAUUGGAACAAAGUGAAAAUAAUGUUCAAAAAGCCUCUGAAAAAUUAAUUGAUCUAGGCUAUGAGAAACGAAAUCUUACUGCUCCUAAUAAAUCCUUAAAUAAAAAGAAAGAUAAAGAUCAAAAUCAGAAUGAACGAAUUGCUCCAACUCCACCUCCUCGUAUGAAAAGUUUGGAGGAGAAAAACAAAAUGAAAGCACGCUUGACGGAAAAAUAUAAAUCUGUACCAGAAAGAGUAAUAGUGCUUGCUAUGGACAGCGUAGAUUAUGAUGAAGAAAGAGCAAUACACAUAUUAGAUAUUAUGGUCGCAGAAGAAGCUACAAGGCCACUUUGUACUUCCAGUAGUCAAAGCAGUCGAAGUGAUGAGCGAAAGGAAAGUCCACCUGUAACAGAAGCUAUAAAACUAACAGCAUCACCAAUUAAAAAAGUAGUUAAGGAAAUUGAUUCUGAGAAAUCCAAGAGAUCUAAAAAUAAAAUAGAAAUACCAAAAGUUUCCCGUGGAACUAGUACCACUGAAGACAAUGAAUAUAAAUCUCCAUAUUUGUUAAAACCCAUUGGUCCAAAUCCUGAACUGUCAAAAGGAGCUAACAACGAUUUAUUAUUGCCAGACUAUGCACCAUGGUCAGGACCAGAUCCCAAUUUAUUAUCAAAAGAACAAUUUCCAAAGUCAGCAGCAAUGGGACAUGAUGCAGCAUUAGUAUCAGGAAGUUAUCUUGCUAAAGGUCCUAAUGCCGAGUUACGAAAAGGUCCGUUAAGAGGAUUAGCAGAAGGUUCCAUAUAUUCUCAGAGGAGUUUAGCUAAUACAGAAAGUCGUGGUAAAUGAAAUAUAUGUGAUUGUUUCUUUCUAAGUUUUUUUGCACUUGCAAAUUAACUUGAAAUAAUUUAUUUUCCAAAAAUUACUAUAAAUAGUUUUCUUAUGCUAUUUUUUUCCAAUUUAUAAUUAAUCUGCAAAUUUUAAACUUUCAUAUUUCUGUUUUUAUCAUUUUUUAACAAAUAAUUACACCUAUAUUUAUUUCUCAUCAAAUAUAUACAGCUAUCUCUCUCCAUCUAUUAAGAUGAUAUCAUAUAGCAUACUAAUGUUCACUAAAUUAAUAAUGAUAAGCAUACUUAUAAAAAUUCGAAUGUGUCCAAUAUAACUGAUUGAUUAAUAUUAGAUAUCUUCUCAAAUAUUUUUGUAAAGUGUAAAUCUUUUUUUUGUUAGCUCAUUUACUUCAUAUAUUAUUCUCUUAUUAUUUAAACUAAACAUAUGAAAAUACAUGUUUAUUGAUAUAAGUAAUAUGUUUUAUUGUUAUUAAUCAUAUAUUUUUAUUCUAUUGGAAAAAUAUAUUUUAGUAUUGUUUCUGUUGUAUAAAAAGUUAAAACAUAUUUGUUUUUCAUAUGAUAAAAAGACUAAUAACAUUAACAGUAUUUCUAUAACUAGAUUACAGAUAUGCGAAAGUAUAAAACAAUGAUAGUCAUAACAUCUGCUCACAUUCAAUACAUUCAUAUUAUGAAUGUGGAGUAGAAAGAUUUGAGAAUAUAUUAUCCUGAUACACAUUAGUGAUUCAAGAAUAUCACAUCACUUCUACAUUAACAUAUCCUAACAAAUCUAGUGAUAUAAAAAAAUAUAUAUAUAUAUUCAGAAAAUUUUGUUUUACAUUAUAUCUUUAUUGUUAAAC